GUGGCAACGCGAAUCAGACGCAGAAAUGGUUCGCGAAUUUUUCGAACUACUUCUUUCAUGUUUCCAACCUGUCCGUGUGUUUGAGCAGACUUUAAUACAGCGGGCCUGAGUUCUGUUUGCUGGCAGCAGCAGCAUGGCAGUCUCCAGCGAGUGGAACACCAUCCCAGCGUAUGCAGCCCAUCUCUCCCCACUCCACCCGAAGAUGCCUGGACGUGAAGACCUUGUCAAAGAGCUGCGGUCACUUCGCUCCCCAUUCACUUGCACCCGCAUACGGCUGCCCCUGCAUUGCAAUGUGUGCAAAGCUGUGCCGGCCUCAACUUGCCCCGUCGUGUCGGAGCUGAUGCCCAUGAUUAAUGAAUGGCUCUGGUCCCUGGCCGUCGAGAUCCAUGAAGUUGAGCCGGGCCGCCUUGCGCUCACUGCGCUCGAGAAUGACAGCAUGUCCAGAGGUGCCAGCUGGACUGCCAACCAUGCUGCCGUCUUGCUGCACUGUCUCCUCACCCGGCACCGAUGCCUUCAGGUUAUCGAGGGGCUGCAGUCCAUUCUACCCUGCUACCGCAAGCUGUUCUGCGAUGCCCUGAGGAACAACACAUCACUGACCGUGCUCCGGCUAAGCAAGUGUGAGCUGACGGGACCUGUGGUGCGAAGCGUCAUUGCUGCCAUAGGUGGUGCCGAGUGCCUGGAGGAGCUCUCAUGGGACUGGUGCAAGUUUACCACUGGCAAUGUCCGUGCGGCCGAGGACGCCCUUUCCGGCUACAUUGCCAAGACAAAAUCACUGCGCACCCUCAACGUGGCGCAUGUACCGCUGUUUCGAGAGUCAUCUGCACUCAUCGAGGCCCUCGUGAAGAACACGAGCAUCGUCAAGCUCAUCGUUGGCUGCUCGGUCUUGAAUCAGAGUCGACGUACUGAAUUUCGCCGCUAUCUUGCGGCCAACAGGACAGUGACAAAUUUAACCAUCUGCAGUGACCACUGCAGGAGUGCUCCAGAUGUGGGGGAAGUCUUCAAGGCACUCACUGAGAACUCGACUUUGGAGGUGCUCACAAUCGAAAACUUUGAGCUGGACCCGAUUGUUGCCCUGCAGUUUGCCAGGGUGUUCAGCUUUAACACCACUCUGCGCGAGGUUGGCUUUCCCCACUGCACUUGGGACUACCAGUUCAUGCGUGCAGCAGAAGACAUCCGGAGGCAGCGCAUGAUGUAUGCCCUCGCGGGCAGGCUGGGCAGAGACUGGCGGGUUGUGCCUCUAGUGAAGGCACUGCAGAAGACGUCAUCAUUGCAAAAGCUUGUGCUCGCUGGGUGCUUCACCAAUGAUGAGACCCGGCAGCUUCUGGAAGCUGCUGCCAAAUCUUCUUCUCUGCAACACCUCACCUUCGACUCGGUCAUGAUGCUUUCCGUAGAGACGUUCCACCAAAUGGUGCAGGAGACAGGUGCUUCUGGGAAGGUCAGACUAGGCACAUGUCAUUCGCUGCCUGCGGCAUUUGUGGCAGGACUGAAAUCUGGCAGUGACAUUCUGAGCAUGGGCCACCACAAGUUCUUUCAUCUGAACACGCCAGCGUUCCGCGAGAUCGGAGCUGCCCUCGAGCUGCAUGACCGUGUCACUGCGCUGGAGUUACGGCUCGACACUUGGGACGACGACUUUGUCGAGAAAGAUGCAUCCACUAUUGCCGCCUAUCUGUCGAAGACUACCGCCCUGAAGGAAAUCUACAUGAAGUUCAGUAACUUCAACCAGGAUGCUCACCUCAUCAUCGAGGGCCUCUCCAAGAACAAGACGAUAGAAAAGCUUGGAAUUGAGGACUGGCUUGUGCGCACGAAGGACAUUGAGAAACUGUGUAUCUGGCUGGUGGACAGCAGGACAGUGUACCACCUUGUUUACCUCUGUGCCCAGUAUGAAGCAUGUAAGGUGCUCAUUGAAGACCUGGCUGACCUGCUUGAGGACAGCUACACUCUCACGUACAUCCGUGUAGUGGAGUAUCCCUCCAACUUUCACAAUUGGCAGGCUGUGAAACACUUCAGGCGGCGGAACUUGUCACUCGUUGAGUGUGCUGCUCACUUUGUGCUGGGCUCAACAUUGAAGCGGGCGGCUGCUGCUUACGAAAGUGUGUCGUGGCACCCUCAGCUGCUGUCCAAAGUCCAAGAGCUGGCACCACUGAGCACCUCAGAAGUGAGUCAGAAACUGCUGGAAUGCAAUCGCCUUGUGCGGAUGCAAUUCUGGCAGCUUGCAGGCAUCGUGAAGGAUGAACUUGUGUGUUUCGAAAGGGUCGAUGGUCGGAAGCAAAUUGACAAUCUGGUACUCGACGCAUGGUUGCAUGUUCGAGGAUUCUUGAGCAUCAGCGACGUCCUGGACGAGACGGGAGAGAAGCGGAGGUUGCCACGCAAACGGAAACGGAGAUAGUGCCCCUACUGUUAAAAGCAGAUUCGGGUUCCUUGUGAUGUGUCAUGUUUUUGUUUUACUUGACUUUGAAGGUGUCCCGGCUACUGCACAAAGCUAAGUCGAGCAAAGCUGUGGCCACCUAGGAACUAUUAGUGUUGAUAGGACAGUUCUGCCUCACAUGUGUCUGUGAUCACAAGACACUGCAACUGGUAGUCUUGUACAGUGCUGUCUGUGGCUUUGGUUUGUGAUGAAUUGUUAACUCUUUCGUUACCGCAAGAAAUGUGCUCCUUUUCAGUGCUUUAAUGUUUUAGCAUGUUAUUUCAAGACGUAGUAGUCGCAAUGUAUACUGUUACAGUGAAACCUCGUUAAACCGUAGUUGGCCGGAGCUCGAAAAAAGUACGUACUAAACGAUAGUGCUGCUUAACCGAAAUAGCUUGAGAUCGCCCAUGUACCUGUCAAAAACAGAACUCGGAGAGAGUGCGAUGAAAGAGGAAAAAACAUAGUGUUCACUUCGCACCACAAAAGUGUUAUUUUCAUUUUGAUGCUGCGGCGGCCUAGCAGCGACCACAGUGGCCUUAAACUUACUGAAGCUGCGAGCCAGAUUUUCAGCCAGCCCCCUCUUCUCGGCAAACACUCACAUGGCAGAUUCCUCAUUGGCGUUGCAUGUUCUCCGUGCACGCGGGCAGUAGCGCUGCAGAAGUCAUGGGCCGCCUUUUUCAUUGCGGGGUGCUGUUCGCAUUGCGAUGAUUGCAUUCAUGAGGCUGACGUAAUGUGCAGCUUCUGCCACCGUCAGGCCUGAAUCGCCCAUGCUGUCGCUUUCCGUGUCGUCCUCAUCACUGUCGCUAGCCGUCGGCAACGAUGCCGAAAUGUCGAACCUCGUAGCCGACAUUUCUUCGCGGUUGCAACAGUGCUGCCGAGCGACUUCCUCACAUUCCAAAUGCCACACACCGUAGUUGAGGGUAGAUCCUUAUCGCCUGCCAGCGCCGACUUCGGGUCACCUUCGAUAGCACGAAUGAUAUCUAAUUUUUCUUCUAUGCUGAGCACCCAGCCUCUUUUUUGUCUGACCUUUGGCACGACGCGUCCUCCUUUGCACAACGCCACAACGCUCUCUGGCACGGCGCUGAAAUGAUGUUGAUGUGGCUUCACGCACAAAUGCACAGGGCGCUUGGAGGCCAUUGUUCUGAUCUCUGAGGCUUGCUGUUCUGCCGGGCCGCCCGAUGGAGAUGACGCACCGAUGUGUUUGUGUGAUGAAAAGUGGAAACGCUACGUUUUAACCUAUACAUAUGCAAUAAGCUGGUACGGUUUAUGGGGAUACAGAACACAUUAUGUUCAAUGGCCACUGAGUCGGGGAUUGGACUUUACUAAUUUUAAAACGAAGCUACUGUUUAAGCGGGUACGGUUUAACGAGGUUUUACUGUAUACAUAAAAUUAUUGCCAGAUCAUUGGUGUUUUGAAUUUAUGUAUAGUAGUAAUAAUUGCUCAGAUAAUUUUCUUAGAAUUCUUGUGAAAUCUCAAGGAAGCACCUCAUGCAAGACUAUUUUCAUUGCAAGUACGGAUUGUACAAAAAAUCUGGAGUCUAUAAACUAUACACCUGGUUCCUCGUUCCCAACAUAUGUAAGGCAGCUCAUGCAAAAUAAUUAGUGGGAAGAUUUGUAGGCAUCGAUACUAGCCACAGUGAUGCCCACACUAUGCAAGGAAGGAAGAGCUUUGCAAAUAAGAAAAUGGGUGAGUUCCUAUUGUUCAGGGGGCAUUUGUUUUUUCCUCAUUGCAGCAGGCAUCUAAUUUGUCUUUUACUGCAUUCGAAGCAAUAGUGGUCAGGUCAGGGAGCAUGUAGGAUCCCCUUCAUAUUUGAUUAUCGCAUUCAGUCAGCUUUUCUGUGCAAGCAAGUUGGUCUAGUGGGCUUUCAGCUGGCCUUGGAGCCUCCACAUGCUUUGUUCAAUUCCUGCGCAGUGCUGUACAGUAAUGUGGAGUGUUGCACAUUAUCGUACAGUAAUGAAUGAAGGCACAGGCGGUGUUAAAAAUGUUAGAGAUAGGACAGCUAGUGAAGCUUUGGUCAAAUGUCGGUCUGAAAUCGACUGCGUGCUUUUUGUGCAAGGGAAAACCCACAUGACGAGAAUGAUUGCUGAUGGUAAUUUGUACAUACGCUGUCUAAGCACUGAUAUAUAAAACCAACUCUCAGUGGGAAAAAUAAUGUUGCACUGGAUGUUAGUGCAAGAAUAUCAAAAUAAUACGCCCUCAUCAGCAUCUACUGUCAGCACCUACUGUAACGGCCUAUACGUUGGAUCCUAAAAUUGCAACCCGAGAGCAGUUUCUGUGUCUAUGUUGCCGAAUCGACCAAAGUGCAAAUUUUGUGUCUUUUUAUUAUUGAGGAAGUGCUAGGAGCACUGGAGGGUGGUUUUGAUGAUCCCUACAGUCGAAGCUUUAUUUUUCCAGACACUCUUAUCUGCCAAAAAUUGCGAAAUCUGACUAGCUUAGUUGUCAUUUCAGACGGUGCAUGAUGUUGCUAGCAAAAAAAAAAAAUUCUGUGACGAUUGUGAUACUCCCUAAUGCGAAAUUUGAGUGCAGCUCAUAUGUGUUUUCAUUUUGUGAUAUAUUGGCUGGCGUGGACAAUCAGUCUCGUGCGGCAUGUUGCAAACAGAGUGGAGUGUGGCGCAAUCGGAGUGAGGCAGGCCGUGGGUGACGCGUGGGUGCGAUUCACAGGAGCCGCUGCAGACGGACCUCCCAGAUGACGCGCGCUGAUGUGGCCCUAUCUUGUAGCCAUCGUCGCCGCACUAUGUUUUUCUUGUGCUUUCACCGUACCCCCCUCCUCUUCUUUCUGUCUCAUGGUUCUGCUGCACCAUCCUCCCCCACUUACCUCCUUGAGUCUUUCAUCCCCCGCUGCCCUCCGCAUUCACUCUUUCAUCCUACGCGGUGCUCUUCACUCAGUUACAUUGACACCAAUGCUUGCCGCAGGCACGGGCACCUAAGAGCUGCAUUCUAAAAAUUUCCAAUGGAAAUAUUUAACAAUGUGGCAAAAAAUGGUAGAUCAAAGUGAUCAUUUUCUUUAGCUGCGGUAACGAAGGAGUUAAAUAAAAUAGUGUUUGAUAGCUUCCUACUAACCGUGGCAGUGAUCUUAACAUUGACAUGAUUAGAGGGCAUCAUUAGCAUCGUUAGUAUAUUGCAGGCACAAAUUUAAUAUGCUGUCUGUCAUGCCAAUUUUUCGACAAAUAAAAAGGCAUGGACAUAUUUUUUUCAGCUUUCAAGGCUUUAUAUUGUUCUUAAGUGUAGAUAUUCAGAUAAAGACAUUGUGACAACACUGUAACAUGGAAAGGUAUUUUUGUUGUUGGGACUGUACCUUAAGUUGUCCAUGUGCUCCACUCAAUGUGCGAUUCUGCAGAGUACAAAUAAGUGUUUUGGUGUAGGAUUCACUAGAAAACUGGCGAAGUCACAUGUUCAAUGACAACCAUGCUGCUCUUUAUUUAGUAGGUUAAUCCGCAGAACACACUCCAUGCAACGCCAAAAGCUGCACUCCCAUGCCUACUUCCUGUGCAAUUAGUGUACAGAGCUGACUGCGACAGUGGUGCGAAACUAUUGGCUGGCCCAUUUGUCAACCGGUUCAUCUAAUGCAGUCAAACCUCGAUAUAUGAAACACGGAUAUAUCGAAUUAUCAUGUAUAUCAAACACUUUCCAUAUAACCUGGAAAAUUGCGUGCAUUUAAAAUUUUUAUUUUGAGGGGGGUCGGACAUAAAAUGGCUAUAUGGAACUCCACCACCCCAGACCACGUGCACUCUGUUGACAGGCGGCAAGCUUUCCCGCAAUGCCCUCGAAGAUAGCGAUGGCGCGAUGUGUGUUCCCAACCGCUGCGCACUAUAGCUGCACACAUCAAAAGCGCCGAGGGCGUCAUUUGAAUGUAGCGGCGUACGCACGCGGCGGCUUGGUUAGUUCGACAACAUCGACGACAUUUGGCGUGCUGACUCCUCGGUGCUGCGCUCUGCGCCUGCUGUGCCUCGUGAGGAAUAGUUUAGAUCCACAAAGGCGCGCGACAGUGUGCGCUCACCGGGCUCACUUAUAGACACCACUUCAUAAUUUGUUACUGACAGUGUUUCAAAAUUUUUCGAUUGACGGACGUGUAGAUUGCAGCGUAAGUAGUGGCCGAACUUGAAGACACUGCCGAGGUUGAUUCCGCAUUGAUGUCCCGCUCCCGACUUGAACUAAGGCUUUAGCUGCUUUGGCCCUUCUUCGCUGCUACUGCGGCACAAUAGGAGGCACUGGCCUAUUGCUUGUGGAUCGUUUAGACUAUGUUGAGGACGCCAUGGUUAAGUACGCAGCUGCCAAUAAGAAGCAGGCUACACUGCUACAGUACUUUGAGCCAAAAGAAAUGCUCUGUGUGAAGCUGCAAAUGAGUGUUUACAGCACCACAAUUGGGGCACGAUCGGGGAUCAUUGUUUGGAGCGUGCGAUUAGCCUAAGCCGUGCCGACUUCGCGCGGUGAAGUCAGCAUGACCUAGGCUAAUGGAGCGCGGUGCAACCGAAUGCGCGCUACAAACAACGAUUCCUGAUCGCGCCUUUUGUUCACUGAUUGAUUUGUACAAGUUUUUCACCUGUUUCUUACGUGAUUUUAUAUAUCAAAUUCUGGCUACAUUGAACUAUUUUGCAAUCAGUGUGCUGUUCAGUAUAUCGAGGUUCGACUGUAUUUUAGUGUGGUAUCACAACUAACGCAUGUCUGUGGUUAGGCAGAUGCUGAUUUUCAUGGCAAUGUUGCGGAAACUAAGUGACAUGGUUGCCGUUGGACACAGCUGCUGGCAUUGUUCAAGCUGUGUUUAUGCAGAGAAUGAGCAUUAUGACUGCAAAUAAUUCUGGAUGAUAGGAAUGGCGCGGUGGCAUGAUGUUUGGAGUGGCUCGGCACAUGCACCUGAAUAGGAAAGGUGACAUCAGCUGCACCACAGGCAGGCAUGCGAAGUGUUGUUGAAUGAGUGGUGUAGUAAGAGGUCCUGCAAAGGGGUCACUGAACAUUCAGCCUGCUCUUUCGUUGAGGCUUGUCACUGUCACAGGAGCACCUCUGACCUCCUGCAACGUCCUUGAGUAUCUGUUGUGUCUGUGGGCCUUAGCCUGAGAGAAGCUGUUCUAAAACACAUGCGCGUUCAGUAUUUUUCAUAGUGCCAAAGCGAGAACUAGUGUCAUUUAAUGUGGUGUUGCUGUGGUAUAUGUCAGCCAUGGAGGAUUAGUGACAUUGUGAAUUGAUGUGCUAAUUUCGGUAGGAUGUGCAAAGGUCACAUCGCUUUCAUGGAUGAAGCAUCUGUUUUGCAUUUUCUUUGCAAAAUGUAAAAUGUUUACUCUGUUAAUCUGCUUAUUUCACGUGUUUGUGUUGUUUAUUCAUGGUAAGGAAUAGAAAUUGCACUUAUUUAUUUUCAAUAGUGCUAGUCUUGUUGAGACUAACGCGGGUGAGCAUAAUAUGCGGGGUAGUAGGACCACAUAUGGGAAUGUAUUUGCAAAUGGCAUGAAAGGGUAACCUUCAACAUCCUUUUUUUACUAACAGCAGUGUGCACUCUAAAAAGGCAGCAAGGAAGGAAAUAACUACCAUAUAAACCAGAAUGCAAGUAUAGAUAUUUUCCUAAAAGGACAACAGGCUAAGGUUGCCCCUCGUCUUAUAUAGCAGUCUUUAGCCAAAUCAACUUGUCAUCUGGCAACCAUACUGCAUGCAUGGGUGUCAUUCUGGACACUGUCAAAUUCUGCCAUCCUCUCAUAUUUGUUAAUGACAGCAUUUUGAGCCAAUCAGAAGGGCACAGAGGACUCGUAAUGCAAAAAAGGGGUAAGACGUGCAGACACGAACACAGAAGAAAAGAAGUGGACAACACGAACGCCGGUUCUAAUGCGGCAGAUACAUAUCGCAAUUAAGGAAGCUAAAGAAGCAGCAUGCUCUUGUGUCCGUGUCUGCAUGCCUUAACCCUUUUUUGCAUUAUGAAUCCUUACCAACUAGCUCGGCUUUCUGUCAUUCUAAGCUUCACAGAGGGCUGCUGUGGCCGCUGAUUGGUUCAAAAUGCCGCCAUUACCAAAGUCAGCAAUAUGGUUAAUUUGACAAUGUCAAGAACAGCACCCGCGGACAUUGUUAAAUCACACCAUACUGUCGAAUUCGGUAGUGCAAUAUUUCGAGCCAGUCGGAGAAGACCCAGAGGGCUGCUACGGCCUCUCUGGUUGGCUCAAACUGCUGCCACGGCAGUGCCAAAUUUGAUAAUCAUGGCAGAACUUGAGAAUGUCCAGAACAGCAACCCAUGUGGGUGAACUCGCAGUCAAAGCCUUAUCUAUAUCCAAACGUGAUUGCUGUCAUUUUCUUUUGUCAUUUUGUCUACCUGUGUGUGCUUUUGCAAUCAGCUUACUGCGCGAUUUAUUUUUUAUCUGGUGAGCGAUGACUAGCAACACACAGAGUGGUUUUAGCUGCAUUCAAGAUUAAUGUCUACUUUGCAAAAGGAAAAGCAACAUGGCCACUCAUGUGCCAUGUUGAUUAAUGUAAAAAAAGAGAAAAAACUGCAGAUUGUAGCUUUCUGAAUUUUUUAACAAAAAAAGAGGCAGAGUUGGAAUAUAAAACCCCAGUAUUCACUUCUGAAGGAAGUACGAUUGGCAGGCACAAAAAGAAGAAUUGUUGGCGCGCAACUUGUGCAAAAUGUCAUUAGUACUUUUAUAUGGCAGUGCACUGUGGGAUGCGUCCAGCUACAAACGAUCAUCUUCUGAUGACGCUUCUGCAAGUUUGAAUGAGACUGCAGCUCCGAUGAUGGAUGAGCAGUGCCAUUUUAAAUAUAAAUGCGAUUUGGCAAUUGUUUUGUAUUCUUUCUUUUUUCUCCUUUUUUAACCUCAAACUAAGGGGUUGACCUAUAUUCCCACCUGACCUUUAUACUGGCAAUUACUCUGGAAAUGUUGAUCAAAAUAUAACCACCUUGAUGAAGUAUAAAUAGAUCGACCUUUUCAUUGUGACCAAUGUAAGAAAGCUUGCAAGAAUAAUUACAAAGAUUACUGAAGUAUUGCUAAUUUUAUUUUGUGCUUGCUCUGUAGUUAAUGCUUGCCUCGUUGUUAUCGAAUACUAACUGUGACUUGUAUUUUGUAUUGAUGAAUCAAAGCGAUCUUGAGUCCCUCACUGCAAUGGGGAAAAAAAUGGGAGUAUGUGAGAGUGUCAGUAUUGCAAGCACAUUUUAUUGAAGCAAUUCAAUAUGUAUGCAUAAGAAAUGUUACAUUUGUUAAUGUGAAGAUGGUGUUGGCCUUGAUACUGCAGCAUUAUGGUAAGCAUUCUUGCCAUCAUUGGUGUUACACAAUUGCCCUGCUGCAAAAAUAAUACUAGUGUCUACCUGGUGCGAGUCACGUUUUUUUUUUAAUGCUUGGCCAAUCCACUCGCAAUGGGGAAGCACCAUUGCUUGUAAAUUACACCUUUAAAUUUGGCUGUAAGUCAA